AUGUCAAUCCCCGAAAGUUUUCCUGUAGAAUGUAUGAGAGAAAUAAUAAGCUAUAUUAAGCAUGAUUUUAAUUCCCUUCAUUCUUGUCUUACGGUGAAUAAAAAAUUCGGUGAGAUUGCCAUUGAAAUUUUUUGGAGGAACCUCUGGACAUCACGAGGCCAUAAUGGUUUCCGCGAAGGCGCUUAUAGCUUUUGGGCUGCCGUUCUUCGAACACUAAUUUCUUCCUUACCAAGUGAAUCAAAAGAUUUUUUAAAUAAUAAUGGUGUUACAAUACAUCGAUUGAGCCAUGGAAAAAAAUUAAUAUAUGACUAUCCUAGCUAUUGCAAAACUAUGGAUUGUUUGGCAAUUUCUAAUAUGAUAGAGCAAGUGAUUAGUGUGACGCAUCAAAACGACCGUCCUAGAAGAUUAGAAUAUAUUCAACACCUUUUACAACAGGAAAUUUGCAAAUUAUUGAUAGAUCGAAGUAUUUCUAUACCAAUCCUUAAAUUUGAUUUAUUACCCGUCGCCUAUUUUCCAGGUGCUGAUAAAUGUUUUGAGAAAUUAUCUGAGCUACAUUGUCAUACGGCAACUCCAGAUCUUCUUUACUAUGCUUUGGCACAAAUUUGCAAACAUAUCCAGAACAUUAUCAUCGACUUUUAUGAGGCUGAUAACCUUGGGCUAUCGGGUUUGAUUGAUGUACAACAAAAUCUCAAACGAUUGGAGUGUAGAAUCGAUGAACUGGCUGUAACUCAAAGGUUUCCUGCAAUUAUUGACGUGAUAAAAUCAAAUGCAAUCUCGUUCGUUCAUCUCGAACUUUUACACUUUACAUGUAUUCCACCCUCGAUAAUAUCAUUAAUGCAAAAUUUAAAAAUACUUAAGAUUAAGAUUUUACCGGACGAUGUUCCACGGAAUAAUAUUUGGGAAGAACUUGCAUCUGUGCGUUUACCAAAAUUGGAAGUCCUUCAUAUCUCUCUUCAUUCAUUAAGAUUAGAAACUUUAAAUCCUUUAAUCGCAAAUAAUUAUGGUAAUCUCAGCACAUUAAUAAUUGAUUUUAGUCCAAUAAGUAAUCAAUCAUUCUUCUUUAAUGAAACGGUCGCUCAAUUUUGUCCAAAUUUAAGAAUUUUUGCUACAUGGUUUCUAAAUAACGAAUUUGAUGUACUUGAAGGAAUAUUAACCAAAUGUCAACAUUUGGAAGAAUUAUUCCUUCAAGCUUUUGAUGAUAAGAAUUUGAAUUUAAAAAUUCAUAGACUGUUCAAAUUAUUAGAAAUAACUACUCCAAAGCAUUUUUCGAAAUUAGGAUUAUUAGGAAAUUGGUGCGAUCCAUCAGAUGCUCUGAAAUCUUGUUUUGAAAGCUGGAAAAGGAAAAGCAAUCAUGUUUCUUUGGUUUUCUCCAGGAAUGUAUGCAUUGGUUCCGAGCACAUGGAUCUUAUUCUUCAAUAUAAAAAUGACGGAGUGAUUAGACGGUAUAACGUUGUGACCGAUCCUGUAAGGCACGAAUUCGGUUAUUAA